GGGUGCUGCACCUGUGCGUGCGGCAAAGUCGCUGCAGAAGCCAAGGCCACCGAGCGCGGAGGGGUGGCCCACGGACCGCGAGGCGCUCCCGCCAGCGUCCCCUCGCCCGGCGGAGGGAGCUCAGGCUGCAGCCAGCACCCGCGGGCGCGGCGGCCACCCCGCUCCGGGGGCCUUCGGGGCUUGGGCCGCGUCAGGCAGCGCGCCGGGCAGCCCGGGGCCAUGGCGGUGGCGGUGCGAGCGCGCGGCGCCCUGAGGGGGUUGGCGGCGCUGGGCGGCCGGGGUGCGAGCCGGGCGGCCAUGUCUUCAAAUGUGCAGUGGCUGACAGCAGAGGAGAGGAGCGAACUUAUUCCUGGCCUGAAGGCAGCAGGAUGGUCAGAAUUAAGCGACAGAGACGCCAUCUACAAAGAGUUCACCUUCAAAAAUUUUAAUCAGGCUUUUGGCUUCAUGUCCAGGGUUGCCCUGCAGGCAGAAAAGAUGAAUCACCACCCAGAAUGGUUCAACGUCUACAACAAGGUCCAGAUAACUCUCACCUCGCACGACUGUGGAGGCUUGAGCAAGCGUGAUGUGAAGCUGGCCCAGUUCAUCGACAGCGCUGCCGCUUCUCUGUGAUCGCCUUCCAUGCGUGUAAAGAUCAGAACCUGGUCGUCUGCAGCGUUUUUAAGGCCAUUCAUGUGAAUAAGUUAAAUCAUAAAUUUGUUUGUUUUUACAUAUAUACAUUUUUGUAUACUUGACGCUUAAAUACAGAAUGAUUUGA